GAGAGCGGCUCUCUCAAACAACGUCGAAAGAAAAACGUGAAAAGGGACGAAAAAGCGAAUUACCGUUAAAAGCAAAGAAGAAACAAUAAUUAUUAAUUUGAAUGGCAAAAAACAAAUCGACUGUGUACCUGGGCUAUGAGGAUGAGGAAAUUCCGGCCAAGCAGGUGGCAUUUCUGAACAGUUUCACCAACAAAAUUGGUGGCCUACCAGACUGGCCCAGAAAUGAAGUCACCGUACCCGCUUGUCCGCUCUGUGGAAUGGUGCGUCCCCUGAUUGUGCAGAUGUAUGCGCCACUUGAUCGAUCGCAAUUUCAUCGAAAUCUUUAUAUAUUUGGAUGUGUGAGUCCUGCGUGCUCGACCAAUCAGAAAAGCUGGGUAUGCGUGCGUACUCAGCAUCUGGACAUUGGUUCUCAAUACGAUGUGAUCAGUGAGCAGGUGCCUAAGGCUGCUCCUGUCACAGGCAAACAGAAAAAGAAGAACAAAUCGAGCGCCUUGCAAAAAGUUAAUUGGUGUAAUGGGGUGGACGAUUGGGGCGAUAGCGGCGGCGAUGCGGAAGUUGUCGAUGAGGUAAUGGACAUGACAGCAGAUGAGGAGCAAAACGAGCGAAAUGGCAAUGUGCGGCCAAAUGGUAUAGGCAUUAAUGAGGAUUUGGAGGCUUCACCACAACAAGAUCUAACCAAUAUUGAUGAUGACGACGACGAGAGUACAUCUGUGGAGAAUGAUUUGGUAUGCGGAUUUGGUCAAAUGGAUAUGAGCUCAAUGCCCCAUAACGCCAGCGAAGAUCCUAAUGCGAAUUGUGCUGCCGACGAUGCCACAGAAUGUGCAGAUGGAGCAAGUGCCAGUGCAAGCACUGCGACAAUUUGUGCCGAAAUUGAAGGGCCCGAAACAGAUGUUGUAUUGGUGGACACUCCCAAGAAACCGGAACGAGAUCUUAUUGCAUUAUUGAAGCACACAUCGUUGCCGGCCAGCCUAGGGCCGCUUUCUCAAGUUAAAGACCUAACACUAAAAUCGUUUUACAUCUCCGUGGAAGUGGAGAGUAAUGCGAAACUAGAAGAAUACGAGCAUUACGACGGUGACCUUUCAAUGGAUCACAUACGCGACCUGUAUCAAGAGUACAAGAUGCGAGACGAGGAUCCAGCCCAUUCCCCGCUUGGAGCCACAUCGUCAGGCUCAACAGUGGCCACCGGUGAGUCGUGCGACGAACAUGAGUCCUAUGAAAAGGCAUUGCCUGCCCACGGUGAUGUUGUAUUCCACAAUUUUAUUACCACUCUACAGCAAAAUCCGGGCCAAAUCCUAAGGUAUUCUCGCGAUGCGCUGCCUUUGUUGGUGGGUCCUCUAGCAGAACCGCUGCCAAAGUGUCAGAAUUGCAAAGGUGAAACCAUCUGCGAGGUCCAGUUGCUGCCCACUUUGAUACCCAAGUUAAGAUUCCAGCAGAAUGCAUCAAGUGUGCCCAUUGAAUAUGGAAAUGUGCUGGUUUUCACCUGCCUAAAGAGCUGCUGGGAUACUCCUGAUCAGAUGCGCUACGAACAGGUGAUUGUGCAGUCUGAGGCAUAAAAAUUUCAAUUCCAAAAAAAAAACCUACAAAACAAUGCCUUAGUAAAAUGACUACAUGCAUGAAAACCAUGUGCAAACCUCAUCAGUCGUAUUAGCAAACUUUUUAAUUCAUAUAUUUAGAUAUAUCUGGGAUUGAUUGGAACAACUUUUAAUUUUCCUAAAUUUCAAAAACGAUGGAUUUUAAAAAGAGUAUAUUUACUCCUCGCUUUUUAAACAAAGAACAGUUUGCUAUUUAAGUCCGUUCAUCAUUUACAAUGAAUUAUCUCAUUAUCAUAUCAAAUUUAAAAAACAAAAAACGACUUAAAAGCUUGCACUAUAUAUUAACAUGUGUUUAGUUAUUUAACAAAGGUUAUUUGGAUUUUAAACUACAAAAAGAACAACUGCAUUCACUUAGAAAAUCAAAUGGAAAAGCUAAGCUUCUCACUUGUCCUAGGAAGAUUUUAUGCUCUAGUUAAUAAGAACGUUGUACGCUUUUAGGCAGCAAACCGGGAUAGUUGCUACAAAUAUUUCGUUUUUGUUCCACUCUAAAACAAAAAAAAAACAAACAAAAAAUUAUACUAAAUCAGUUUUCAAUCUAGUGAAACGCUAAA